CAGGAAGACCCUGGGAGGAGAAAGCCACUUCCGGCUGAGCUUGAGCCCUCGGAAAUGCCAGGAGUUCUAACAAUUGACCAGCGAGAGGGCGAGGGCGAGAGCGGCCGCAGGGGAGGCAGGGAGGCCGCCCUCGGUGCUGCAGGGCGGAUGGACCUCAUCUGGAAUAACCCUGUGUCCAGUUCACAAUUCAAGAGAGAUGUGGACAAGUUGGAAUGUGUCCAGAGAAAACCAACCAAACUGAUUACAUGCACAGAUAUUGGGAAGGGAGCGCUCCGCCAGAACACUCUUGAGACAUUACUGAGAAGAGCCAAAGUGAUGGCCACACUUGGUAGCGAUUCCGAAGAAGGUUCCGAACGGCCACCUGGUGAUCACCUGAAGGAAACCAAAGUCCAAUUCAUUAAUUCUUCGGGAGGAUACGUUGAGGCUGAGGACUACCUGGCCCAGCAGGGCAUCAUCAAGACUGAGGUGGAAGAGGAUGGCUAUGAAAGUCUGCAGAACUUUGGCUGGAGCCCAGUUCUUGUGAGGAGCCCCACCAAAAUGACGGGAGAAAAGCCCCACCGGUGCUCGGUCUGUGGGAAGACCAUCUCCACCAAAGCCAAGCUCAUCAUCCAUGAAAGGACCCAUACGGGGGAGAAGCCCUUUGUGUGCUCGUACUGCGGGAAGCGUUUCAACCAGCAGGCGCACCUCAACGGACACCAAAGGACCCACACAGGGGAGAGGCCCUACAAGUGUGUUGACUGCGGGAGGAGCUUCAGCGACGGGACGUCCUUCAAGCGGCACCAGAGGAUCCACACAGGAGAGAAGCCCUACGAGUGUGCGGACUGCGGGCGGUGUUUCCGCGACACCACGGGCAUCAAGCGGCACAUGAUUGCCCACAUGGCCAAGAAGCCCCACAAAUGUGAGGAUUGUGGGAAGAGCUUCCUGCACCGUUCGGAGCUUAUGAAACACGAGAAAAGGCACCCCAGGGAAAAGCCGUAUGGGUGUUCAGUCUGCGCACAGAGCUUCAGUAAGCCGCUGUACCUUUUUCGACAUGGGAUCGUCCAUGUUCGGGAGCAGCGGGAGCACCAGCAGCACAUUAAGGGCUUUCCUACUGAAAACCAAGGGGUCGUUUCCUCAGAGGGAUCUGACGGGAUUAGGGUCCCAAUUCCGAAAUGCGCCGCAAUGCGCAUGGAAGGGGGGAGGACCUUCCGGUGCUCAGAGUGUGGCAAGAGCUUCAGUCAGCAAACCAACUUGGUGGUCCAUUGGCGGACUCAUACUGGCGAGAAACCCUACAAAUGCUCGGAUUGCGAGAAAACCUUCGGCGACCGGACCUCCUUGAGGAGGCAUAAGAGGAUCCACACAGGUGAGAAGCCCUAUCAGUGCUCCGAGUGCGGGAAGCGCUUCAACGACAGCACCUCCUGCAAGAGGCAUAAGACCACCCACACGGGUGAGAAGCCACAUAAGUGCGAACAUUGCGGGAAAAGCUUCAUGUAUCAAAUCCAGCUGAAUAAACACAAGAGGUGCCAUGCGGGAAAGGCCCUGUAAUAAACGUGCCAACUUGAAGUGGGAUUUUUUUCCCACUCAACAUGCAUUCAUGUUACCCCUUGGAGAAGGGAUGCUCAGGGCUGCCCCAACAAAAGCAGCCUGAGAUUUUUGUAUCGGGUGCAGACGUGACAGCAAACGCCAGUCUUAUCCUCCUUGGAAGCCAUCAACUACCACGUCUUGUGGUAAUGAGUUCCAGAAGUUAAUAAUGUGCAGUAUGAAGGACUGUCUUUUGUUUUUCCUUGUCCGGGCUGAACCUAUUGAAUGUUUCGUUCGGAUGAACUAAAGUUCUUAUUUUACACAGAGAGAUGAACUCUGUCCACUUCCUCCAUACCAUUCAUAAUGAAUUUUGUAGCACACUUUCACUUAGUCUUCCCUGUGUGUUAGCCUCUCCUUGUAGUGGGGUGGGAUGGGAAUGGAUUGAUCGACCCCCUAAUGUAAUUUUGGUUUUUCUGUGCUGGGCCCAGCCCGAUAUUAAAAACACAAACAUUAACUUAUAAUGGAUCAUGGCCUGACCUACCUAUGUUUGAAGGUGUGCUGGUGAAGGUAUUAGUAAACUCUCCCUUGUCUCCCAACUCCCUAUUGGUAAAGGUCAACUUGUAAAUUAUCUAUGAAAUAAAUAAUAAAAAAGAUGUUUCAAAGUGGA